GUUCCCGCGACCGUGAUUCUCGGUCUGCAUUCACGUGCAUAUCGUCGCGUCGUCAUCAUCACCAUCAUCAUCUACCGAUAAAAUCGUCGCAGUUAUCGCGAGACGUUGUAACCAAGUGAAGUAUUUCGCGCGACCCAUGACCAAUAAAUCGCACACGAAUGCAAUAUUAACGCGCAGUCAUCUCGAUAAUUACAUAUAUGUGUAUGCAGAUAUAAACUUUUUUAUGUCGAUAGUGUGUGUGCUACUAAAGUUUUAAUAUUAAAUGUGCCAGUAUAUCAGUUGACUGCGAACAGUCGGUGUUGGAUUGUAAUCACUGCGAAUGCGGAUAACACUCUCAGUCAUUGCGUGACUUGACAAUAAUCAUCAACAACAGAGUAACAAGAACUUUAUCAGGAUGGCGCCUGUUUUAAACACUCUAGUCCAUUUGAUCAGUCUAAUACUUUACGGUUUCACUCUAUACUAUGCCUUCAACAUAUUACACAUUCCUAUGGUGGCAGCAAAAUUUGAAAAGUUCGAUCCUGGUCAAUUGAAGUACUUAACGAUGUGGGAUGUGAUUCUUCAAGCUGUAUUCUUCUUAAUAUGUCUCUUGAACGACUUCUACGGUACGAAUGCCAUAAACCCCAAGAAACCGCCUUUCGCACGAAAGUUGAAAGAUUACUUCCAUGCGAGUCUCGGAUUUCCCGUCGCCAUGUUCGUUGGCGUGACCUUCUGGGCGUUGAUGUUCGUGGACCGUGAAUUAGUAUUACCGAAAGCAUUGGACCUGUACUUUCCAUGGUGGUUGAAUCAUUUAAUGCACACGAUGAUUAUGGUAACAACUGUGUUUGAAAUGGUCAUCGCACCACGACAAUAUCCUAAGCGAUCUCGCGGUCUCGGAAUACUCGUGGGCUUCAUGCUCCUAUACUUAGUCUGGAUGCACGUAAUUUAUUACAAAAGCGGCAUCUGGGUGUAUCCUGUGAUGGACGUGUUAACACAGCCGCUGCAGAUCCUGUUUUUCGCGGUGCUGCUAGUGUUUUGCAUGAUUCUAUACAUCGUCGGAGAAACGUUGAACAACAUCAUCUGGGGUAACGAACACACUAAGCAUAAAAAAUCUCAUGCCAAAUCCAAGUAGCCUCGCCCAAGCGGGUGAUUCCUAACCGGGUGAUGAAUCGUAUUCGUGUUCUUGCCUGCUGUCUCUGCGGUGGUGGUGAAUAAACCAGAAUGAAAAUUUUUUUUCUAUACCUCCGUUAUAGCAUGCACAUUAUUAUAUUAUUUAUCAAUAUUAAACGUGUCGUUUAGAAUUUUAGCGUCUUGUGUAUGUAUGUGCAUGCGAAUAGCGCGUAUUUAUUUAGGGUGUAACGGGUAAGGAUCGCGCGUUAACCCGGCACGCGGUGGAAAUAACAUAUGUAAGUGAGCGAACGCAUGUGCAAGAUGCAAUGCAUUUCUAUGUAUGUAUGAUCACGGACAAGGGAGACUAAUUUCUCGUAGAAGUGUUCUUUUUUUUUUAUUUUACGCGAGCCAAUCGAAUCAAAAUGAUACACGCACCUCUAUCAUAUCAAUAUUCCCCCCGUCCCUACGACGAUACUUAUUUUUGUACUUUCGUAGAGCGAGCGAUCUAUUAUAUUAUUGUGUUUCUCUGCCAAAUAAAGUUAAUGUGGUGCACGGAGAAUACUGUGUGUAUAAUAAACGCAUAUAAUUGUAUACGAUAUAGCG